AUGGAAAACUCUAGAGACUAUCUUGGUCGUCUUAUUUUAAUUAUCAGUACCAUCAUUUUAUCGAUUACUCCUGGAUAUUUGUCAGCACAAGUCAAUGGCGGCAUGGCUAUCAAUCUCAACAGUGGAACAAUGAUACAGACGGCAUUUAGUGUUGAUUUAACAAACAUCGACAUUACUCAAAUCACCAGCUAUGAUUCAAUGAUUAAUCAAAUGAACUUAUAUCUUGGCUUUUUAACGGACGAUAUUCGUAUUCAAUCGAUUUCGUUAGUCAAUAGUUUCAUUUCAAGUACAAAUGCACACGAAACAGUACAAUACACAGGCGCAAAUUUAUCAUGUGAUAUUGUUAUUGAUAAAACAAUUCUGAAGAGUAAUAAAUGUGGCAUACUAACAAUUACAAUUAAUAUCAAAAAGUUUCCCAGUACAAUAUGCGGAACUAAUGAUUGCCAAACAAAAUAUAUAACCGAUAUCAAAACCAUGAUUCGAUCACGCUAUAUUUCUGUAAUAAUGCUCAUCCUGCAAACGGCUAAUGGUGAUAUUCGUUUAGUUUCAGCUCAAUUUUGCUACUUUGUCAAUUCGCUCACUAUAACUGCCAACAAUAACCCAACUAGUGGAACCCAGAAUUUUCUCACUACAUUUACAUAUGGUACUGACCAGUAUUCUAACAAAACUUCUGCUGAUUUUGGCUUCACAUCUGGACACACACAAGUGUUUUCAGAUUGUCCGGGUGAUGGCUAUUUUGCUAUCGCUAAUGUAGUUCCUGGUUGUUUUUUUUGGAUUCCUGGAGGCUUCGAUCAUACAGCUAAUGAAACCGGUGGAUACAUGUAUGUAUUGAAUGCAUUACUCUAUCCUGGAUUAUAUUUUAACAAAACGAUCAAUAACUUAAGCAUUGGCAAAGUGUAUGAAUUUUCGACGUAUGCAGCUAAUCUAAACCAGCCUGGUUGGUCUCCAUCGAACAUAAUAUUUCAAGUUCGAACUGCCACAUCAGAUAAUACAUUGAUCGCAGAAGGAAACUCAGGCAAUAUACCUGACUCUGCCAAUUUCGCUUGGAAUAAGUAUGGAAUAUCAUUUGUAGCACCAAGCACUUCGGUCAUGUUAUUAAUGAUAUCAAAUGGUACUAGCAGUGCCGGAAACGAUGUCGCCCUCGAUGACAUAGGCUUAUGCAGAUGCUAA